UAACUUUACUAAAAAUCACAUACUGCUUUUUAACCCAUUUUUUUCCCCCAAAAAAUUACAAUCUUCCUGCUUACAAUAUAUCUAUAUAUAUAUAUAUAAUCUGUAUAUAUAGAGUGAGAGAGUGAGUAAAUUGAGGAUUGGAUAUUUGUAGUGAUGCCGAGUGCUUCAAAGCUAUUUAAUAGCACUAGUCGAAGGAUUGCUUUUGGUUCUCGUAACGACCAUGAUUUCACCCCACCUACUGCUUCUUCAGAUUCCGUACUACCUGACCGCCGCACCACCACUGACCGCCGUCAUCACCACCGUCAGGAUCUCCCUGGAUUUCAUCCUCAGCGUUUUCACCGCCAUCGCUUUUCGGAACAAGGUGGUAGUCAACCUCUGUCUGGAAGUAUUAUCAAUUCAGAAGAUUUUAGAAGUAUACGGCGAUGGGGUGCCAAUGAGAAUGAUAGGCUUCCGGGAGUCGUAUUACUUGCAAGGGAAAGGCUUCUUGAAAGGCUAAGAGGUGUCCAUGUUUCGCAGAACAGGCAAAGCAACAGCCCUUCAUCCAACAUUCACCAAGAAGACUUUACAUAUAAUAGCUUUUUUGAAACCAAUAAUAAUUUGCUGGAAGAACUGGGUUCUGAAUCUUGGCAAACUGUAAUACCAAUGUCAUCAAUGACAAGAAUGCUUCCCAGGGGACUUUCUGAGCAUGAGCUAAACCAAUUAUCAAGAAUGGUCUUCAAUGAUAUUGAAGACAAUAAAGAAACAUCAAAUGCAUCAAGGGAGUGUAGUAUCUGUCUUGAAGGUUUUGAGGAUGGCAAUGAACUAAUAAAUCUACGAUGCAUGCACAGGUUCCAUUCCUGGUGCUUGUUUCCAUGGGUUGAAAUUUGCGGGGCUUGCCCAAAUUGUCGAAAAGACAUUGUUGUAACUACUGAAUAGCUUGUUUCUUAAUCAUAACGCCCUCUAACCCUAUUAUGGAGCUUGUUUGUUUGUAACAUUAGCUUAGUGGUGUUUUAAGAUUCCGAGCAAGUUUAACAGAGGUGAAGGGUUCUAAUGGUUUUCUGAUGAUGUUUGUAAUAUUAUCAUACUUGAUCAAACUAUCAAAGACUUGUAAGUUUUCAUGUAUACAUAAUUAGAUGUCGGAUGCGGUUUCAUUCGAAA